AUGGCAGUAUCAGCUCUAACCGGAUUCUCCGUGGUCAGUUUGCUUAGUCUCGGCUACCUGUCGUGGGACUUGAUGAGUCCGAACCAGGUGGAGAACGAGUCCGUUCCGAACUUUCGAGACCGGUCGCCGGUACCACAUCCCCCUCACAUCAUCUUCAUCAUGACGGACGACCAGGGAUUCAACGAUAUCGGUUACCACGGCUCCGACAUCCAGACACCAACGCUGGAUAAACUGGCCGCGGAUGGAGUGAAGCUGGAGAACUAUUACAUACAGCCAAUAUGCACGCCAUCUCGCAGUCAGCUGAUCACCGGCAGGUAAGUGCAUAUUUUAUCACCAGAUCUGAAGUAGCCUAGAGAGUUGUUUUAUUGUAGCCAACUAAUUCAUGAUUUAUUCAUACAUAUGCUUUUGUCUUUGUCUUUUUUUCUAGGCAUUGUUGUAUUUUAUCUGUAGGAUCUAUUCCCUAUAGAUGGAUGUGUAGCAACCAAGACAUUGGUGGCUUAGCCCAAAGGCAUUAUGGGGGUCCGGGGCCCCCCAUGAAUUUGGUGCACUUUGAGAUGAACAUUGAGAGAUUAGAACACUGAGAGAUUAGAUAUUUUUCAGAUAGAUUACACCUUCCCACCUGCCACAGCAGACACUGCCAGGACUCAGUUACAGUAGCUACUGUGGGUCUCUCUACUCUAGAACACUCUCUACUCUCUACUCUGGGACACAUACAUCUACAGUGUAUUGCCAAAAACCUCCAUACCACUCGACAACUUCAAACAUAGACUCGGACCUGUCCAAUGAGCCAAAUUGAUUCAAUAAUCCCACAGUAAAUAAUCCCUCAGGUUCUUGUUUGUUACUGUCUCCUUUGUCUAUCCUCUUCUGUUAUGGCCUGUUCCGUUUUACUGGUGUCUGUCUCCAUCAUAUCCUAUUUUUCUGUUGCUGUCUCUGUGUCUCUCUCAGUGGAGGCUGGUGGGAGGAGCUAUAGGAGGACGGAAUAAUUGUAAUGGCUGAAAUGGAAUAAAUGUAACGGUAUCAUACACAUCAAAGAUAUGGAGACCACAUGUAUGACUCCGUUCCAUUUAUUAUAUUCCAGCCAUUACAAUGAGCCUGUCCACCUAUAACUCCUCCCACCAGCCUCCACUGGUCUCGUUCCAUCAUGUCCUAUUCUUCUUUCGCUGUAUCUGUGUCUUGUCUGGUGUGUCUCUCUCCAUCAUCUACUCUUCUGCUGCUGUCUCUGUGUCUUGUCUGGUGUCUCUCUCCUUCACCUAUUAUUCUGUUGCUGUCUCUGUGUCUUGUCUGGUGUGUCUCUUUAGUUUUGCAAUCAUAAAUGGUCAAGGGGAUAAUUGGGUAGCUUAACUUGUUUUGGGCCUAUGUCUGGGUCACCUAAAUCAUCCUCUUCCCUACCAGUUGCCCCUGGCUGCUGCUGUGCUAAGUGCUCCACUGGCCUGCUGUUCUCAUCUGUCCUCUUCCUUGGCUCAUCUGCAAGGUAGCACGGUAGUGGUACAACAUGUCAUUAGUUUGUUUUAAAGGGCAACUGCACUUCCUGAUUUGGCCUCAUUUUAUUUGGUUCAUUAAGAAAUGCUUGCGGCCAUGACUGAAUUCAAAUGUGAGUUGGUUUUGGAGUGUGGUUUGAUGUGGGUGUCUCAUGUGUGUUCACAGGUGGGAAAAGUUAGCCAUAUGAUUUAGCCAAUUAGCUGCAGCCGGCUGGUGUGUAACCUGACAUUGACUUUGGAUAGCCUAGUUCCGGGGCUAGUUAGGGACCGUCAAUAAAUUACACAAUGUAAAUGGGACAAUAUUGUCAUUCUCAUUAAAUGCUUUAAAUAUUUGUAUAAGAAUUUCUACAAUUUAUAGUUGGUUUGAGGUUUUUAAGUCAUUGAAAUUUGGAGCUAUUGGAAUUUUAACAUACUGUCCCAUGUACAUUGUGUAAUUUACCGAUGGUCCCUAACCCCAUAGGGAUAUCCAAAGUCAACCCAAAUUUACUACAGUCAUUAAGUUCGGGUCGCGUGUAGCUGCCAGCUGUGGGCAGGAUUGAAACAAACCCAACCUUAAUCAAAAUUGCACCUAAACUGCAAUAUUAUAUUGUGGCCUUUCUCUUGCGAUGGAAAGACGAUGGAACAAAAAAAAAAAUAGAAAACGCAUGUUUUUUUUUUGGUAUUAUCUUUUACCAGAUCUAAUGUGUUAUAUUCUCCUGCAUUAAUUUCACAUUUCCACAAACUUCAAAGUGUUUCCUUUCAAAUGGUAUCAAGAAUAUGCAUAUCCUUGCUUCAGGUCCUGAGCUACAGGCAGUUCAAUUAGGGUAUGUCAUUUUAGGCGAAAAUUGAAAAAAGAGGUUAAGCAAUAAGGCACGAGGGGGUAUGGUAUAUGACCAAUAUACCAUGGCUAAGGGCUGUUCUUAUGCACGACGCAUCGCGGAGUGCCUGGACACAGCCCUUAGCCGUGGUAUAUUGGCCAUAUACCACAAACCCCCGAGGUGCCUUAUUGCUAUUAUAAAAUGGUUACCAACAUAAUUAGAGCAGUAUUUUCAGGUCUUGCGAUAGAUUUUCAAGACGAUUUAAGUCAAAACUGUAACUCAGCCAGGAACAUUCACUGUCUUCUUGGUAAGCAACUCCAGUGUAGAUUUGGCCUUGUGUUUUAGGUUAUUGUCCUGCUGAAAGGUGAAUUAAUCUCCCAGUGUCUGGUGGAAAGCAGACUGAACCAGGUUUUCCUCUAGGAUUUUGCCUGUGCUUAGCUCCAUUCCAUUUAUUUUUUAUCCUGAAAAACUCCACAGUCCUUAACGAUUACAAGCAUACCCAUAUUCAAUGUCUGCUUUUCUUAUUUUUAGCCAUAUACCAAUAGGUGCCCUUCUUUGCGAGGCAUUGGAAAACCUCCUGGGUCUUUGUGGUUUAAUCUGUGUUUGAAAUUCACUGCUCGACUGAGGGACCUUACAGAUAAUUGUAUGUGUGGGGUACAGAAAUGAGGUAGUCAUUCAAAAAUCAUGUUAAACACUAUUAUUGCACACAUAGUGAGUCCAUGCAAUGUAUUAUGUGACUUGUUAAGAUUGUGUGUAGGCCAGUGACAAAACCCCCCACAAUUUAAUACAUUUUAAAUUUAAACACAACAAAAUGUGGAAAAAGUCAAGGGGUGUGAAUACUUUCUGAAGGCACUGUAUAUACAGAAGCCCAGGCCUAAUGAUGCCACUGGAUCCUGUUCAAACUCAGUAUUGUUUGAUCCAUAUAUCUGUCUGUUUUCUACUUAGAUUUUUGAUCAUUCAUAUUUGAUACAUUGAUUUAGGCUACUUUCAUUAUUAGUCAAUUACUUGAGUGACCAGACAUUUUAUGCCUUUGUGUCCAUCUACCUAGGUAUCAGAUCCACACUGGCCUGCAGCACUCCAUCAUCCGACCCCGUCAGCCCAACUGCCUUCCCUUUGACCAGGUCACCCUGCCCCAGAGACUGCAGGAGGCUGGCUACUCCACCCAUAUGGUGGGCAAGUGGCACCUGGGCUUCUACAAGAAGGAGUGCCUGCCUACCCGCCGGGGUUUCGACUCCUACUUCGGCUCUUUGACAGGCAGCGUGGAUUACUACACCUACAAGUCGUGUGACGGCCCAGGGAUGUGUGGUUUUGACCUCCACGAGGGGGAGACGGUGGCAUGGGGUCAGGGGGGGAAGUACUCCACCCAACUGUACACCCAGAGGGUGAGGAAGAUCUUAGCUGCCCACGACCCUCAGGCCCAGCCUCUGUUUAUAUACCUCUCCUUCCAGGCGGUGCACACACCUCUCCAGUCCCCGCGGGAGUACAUCUACCCAUAUCGCGGCCUGGGCAACGUGGCCAGGAGGAAAUAUGCAGCCAUGGUGUCGGCUGUAGACGAGGCGGUGAGGAAUGUGACCUAUGCCCUCCGCAAGUACGGCUACUACCAGAACAGUGUCAUCAUAUUCUCCACCGACAACGGAGGCCAGCCCUUCUCCGGGGGCAGCAACUGGCCUCUGAGGGGGCGUAAGGGCACCUACUGGGAGGGGGGCGUCAGGGGACUGGGCUUCGUCCAUAGCCCCCUGCUGAGGCGCAAGAGGAGGGUGAGUAAGGCCCUGGUGCACAUCACCGACUGGUACCCCACGCUGGUUGGGCUGGCUGGGGGAAACGCGUCACUGACCGAGGGGCUAGAUGGGUAUGACGUGUGGGGGGCCAUCAGUGAGGAGAAGGAGUCCCCCCGACUGGAGAUCCUCCAUAACAUCGACCCUCUCUACAACCCGGCCCGGAGCGGCUCCCUGCAGAGUGGCUAUGGCAUCUGGAACACAGCCAUCCAGGCCUCCAUCCGGGCAGGCGACUGGAAGCUCCUGACCGGAGACCCCGGAUACGGAGACUGGACCCCGCCCCAGAUGCUCCCCGGCUUUCCCGCCGGCUGGUGGAACCUGGAACGCCACCUGGAACCUCAGAAGUCAGUAUGGCUCUUUAACAUCAGCGGAGACCCGUAUGAACGCUACGACCUGGCCGAGCAGCGACCGGAUGUGGUCAAAGAGCUCCUGGCACGGUUGGUAUUCUACAACCGGACCUCUGUCCCGGUGCGGUACCCCUCUGAGGACCCCAGGGGCGACCCGGACCUGAACGGGGGUGCGUGGGGACCGUGGGUGGGGGACGAGGAGGAGGACCACUGGAACGGGGUUUACCACAAAAAGACCAAGGAUGGGAAGAAGUACAAGCUGUCCAAAACCAAAUCCUUCUUCAGGAGAUUUAACACUAGAAUCAUGUCCAACCGGAUAUAG